CCUGCCGUCACUUCAUAAAUCCAACGGUUCAGAUCUGCCUAUCGCUCGUGCUUAUCACUCGUCUCUUUCCUCACUCCAGACUCUCCUCUCCGUGUCUUUGUUUCUGUUUCGCUCUCUAAAAAACAUGGCGGCUUGUAUCGUUGAUCAUCUGCAACACUCUUCACUGUCAAUCUGAUCUCUGUAUAUAUUACCAAAUUUACACUCUUUUAGCACAAUAUUAGACCCGUAACAUACAAUCAACAACUUUUUGUUUUUUUGGAUUCUUAAUAUUUUUGUGUUUGAUGGGUUCUUCGUUUUGAUCAACCGUAAUAACUUUUGCGAACCUUAAACACAAACCCAGCUCAAUUUUAGCUAUUCUCAGCAAAAAAUUAGCUCCAAGUUUCAAUCUUUACGCUCACAUCUAAUGAUCACAGACACUUAUUCGCAGAUUUUGCCUGAUAUAUCAAUGCGAUCAAUGCUUAAAAACGAGGAUUUGGGCAAACUGAUUAGAGAGCAAAGGCUACAACAAGAGGCAGCGAGUGACAGAGAGAAAGAACUUAAUAUUAACCGAAGUGGGUCUGCCCCACCCACUGUAGAAGGGUCUUUAAACUCGAUUGGAGGUUUGUUUGAUGCUACUGGCUUAGCUGGUAUAAAAAAGAACAGCAAAGGUGGGUUCUUGAGCGAGGAGGAGAUAAGGUCUGAUCCAGCUUACGUUAAUUAUUAUUACUCUAAUGUUAACUUGAAUCCAAGAUUGCCGCCUCCUUUGUUGUCGAAGGAGGAUUGGAGGUUUGCACAGAGAUUACACGGUGGUGGAGUUAAUUCUGUGGUUGGGGAUAGAAGGAAGGGAAGUAGAGGUGGCAACAAUGAAGGGAACAGGUCACUUUUCGCGGCGCCGCCAGGGUUUGGAGGAGGGAAGGAGGAGAAUGGAAAUGGUGGAGGAGUGGAGUGGGGAGGAGAUGGGCUGAUUGGAUUGCCUGGGUUGGGCCUAGGAAGCAGGCAAAAGAGCAUUGCAGAAAUCAUUCAGGAUGAUAUGGGCCAUGCAAAUCGCAUCUCAAGGCAUCCUUCUCGUCCAGCUAGUCGCAAUGCUUUUGAUGAUAAUAUAGAAGCUACUGACACCCAGUUUUCUGACCUUCAUGAUUUAGCAUCUGCUGAUGCUUUGCGCUCUGUUGCGAAUAAACAGGGUGUUCCUGUGGUCCCAAAUGUUGGUGCAACAGGUUCUCAUACCUAUGCUUCUGCUUUAGGUGCUUCCUUGUCACGAAGCACUACACCUGACCUUCAACAUGUAGCAAGAGCUCCUAGUCCUCGAAUUCCACCUAUUGGGGGUGGCAGAUCCAAUUCUGUAGACAAAAGAGAAUCGAGCGGUUCAAACUCAUUCAAAGGUGUCUCAUCAAGCUUGAAUGACUCUGCUGAGCUAGUAGCUGCUCUGUCUGGAUUGAAUCUGUCAACAGUUGAUGAAGAGAGUCACUCAAUAUCGCGAAGCCAACAUAACAUUGAUGAUCACCAUAAUCUCUUCAAUUUGCAAGGUGACCACAACCUGAAUCACGUCAAGCAACAGCCAUUUUUGAAUAAGUCUACUUCAUCUAUUAAUUCCUAUCUUAAUGGGCCCUCAACACCAACUCUUAAUGGCAGAGGAGGCUCCCCUUCUGACCACCAUAAUGUUGAUAACGUGAAUUCUGCAUUUGCAAACUUUGGCUUGAGUGGGUAUCCUAUGAACCCUUCAUCUCCAUCCAUGAUGGGAAGCCAGCUUGGGAGUGGUGGUUUACCACCGUUAUUUGAAAAUGUUGCUGCUGCAUCUGCACUGGGAGGAACUGGGUUGGAUUCUAGAUCAUUGAAUGCAUUGGGACCAAAUUUAAUGGCUGCUGCUCCAGAAUUACAGAAUCUCAGCAGAGUUGGAAAUCACGCUUCAGGUAAUGCUCUUCAGGUGCCCCUUAUGGAUCCCUUGUAUCUUCAGUACCUGAGAUCAAAUGAAUAUGCUGCUGCGCAGCUUGCAACUCUCAAUGACCCUUCUAUGGAUAGGGAGUAUCUUGGUAAUUCAUACAUGGAUUUACUUCAAAAAGCUUACUUAGGAGCAUUGGUUUCUCCUCAAAAAUCACAGUAUGGUGUUUCCUACCUUGGCAAAUCUGGUAGCUUAAAUCAUAAUUACUACGGUAGCCCAACAUUUGGUCUUGGCAUGUCCUAUCCUGGGAGCCCAAUAGGGGCUCCCCUUCUUGCGAGUUCUCCUAUUGGAUCGGGCAGUCCUGUCAGGCACAAUGACCGAAACAUACGUUUUACUGCUGGGAUAAGUAAUCUGUCUGGAGGUGUCAUGGGAUCUUGGCACUCAGAAUCUGUUGGUAAUCUGGAUGAAAGUUUUCCUUCCUCUUUGCUUGAUGAGUUCAAAAGCAAUAAAACUAAAUGUUUUGAACUGUUGGAAAUAGCGGGUCAUGUUGUUGAGUUCAGUGCUGAUCAGUAUGGGAGUCGAUUCAUACAGCAGAAACUUGAAACUGCUACAACAGAAGAGAAAAACAUGGUUUUCAAUGAAAUUAUGCCCCAAGCCCUUUCCUUAAUGACAGAUGUUUUUGGUAAUUAUGUGAUUCAAAAGUUUUUUGAGCAUGGAUCUGCAUCCCAAAUAAGAGAACUUGCUGACCAGCUAACUGGGCAUGUUUUGACUCUUAGCCUUCAAAUGUAUGGUUGUCGAGUGAUACAAAAGGCGAUAGAAGUGGUUGAACUGGACCAGCAAACAAAAAUGGUGACAGAGCUUGAUGGUCAUAUUAUGCGUUGUGUACGUGAUCAGAAUGGGAAUCAUGUCAUCCAGAAGUGUAUUGAAUGCGUACCUGAAGAUGCUAUACAGUUCAUUGUUUCAACUUUUUAUGAUCAAGUUGUGACACUGUCCACUCAUCCCUAUGGUUGUCGGGUCAUACAGAGAGUCCUUGAGCAUUGCCAUGAUGCUAAAACCCAGCGUAUAAUGAUGGAUGAGAUUUUGCAGUCUGUUAUCAUGUUGGCACAAGACCAGUAUGGAAACUAUGUUGUACAGCAUGUGCUGGAGCAUGGGAAACCGCAUGAACGUUCAGCAAUAAUAAAGAAAUUAACAGGGCAAAUAGUUCAAAUGAGUCAGCAGAAGUUUGCCUCUAAUGUUAUAGAAAAGUGUUUAACAUUCGGUACUCCUGUAGAGCGCCAGGCCCUGGUGGAUGAGAUGCUUGGUACCACUGAUGAAAAUGAGCCUCUUCAGGCUAUGAUGAAAGAUCAGUUUGCUAAUUAUGUUGUACAGAAAGUGCUGGAAACUUGUGAUGACCAGCAACUUGAACUAGUCCUUAAUCGAAUAAAGGUUCACUUAAAUGCUCUGAAGAAGUAUACUUAUGGGAAGCACAUAGUUGCGCGUGUAGAGAAACUUGUUGCAGCAGGAGAGAGGAGGAUUAGCAUCCUUACCCUGCACCCUGCUACGGCUUAGAUGUCAUAGGAGAAGUUGUACAGCUAACUGAGGAUAGUACGAGUGCCUCUUCCUUCUCUUCUUUCUUUUGAUAUCUAGCAAUGGCUCCAUCUAUUUAUUUGGAUAGAUAGGAGCUUAAUGAAAAUAAAAAUUGUCAGUUGUACUUAAAACUGUACAUUGUUAGUUUGAGGAUAUACCUUAGAUUCAGGCUAGCUGAGGGUCAGACGGCGAACAUACUGAUGCUCUUGCAGUUGCAGAGGAGAUAAAAUUUACUGUACAAGUUUUAAGGGUGUAAAAAAAGGAAGGAGGUAGUGGAUUUGUGAUCGCGACUGUACAAAAUAUUUACCUGGCAGAGAUGGCCUUUGUGUUUAGGAGAGUCUGGAAUUUUUGUCAUGUUUGAGAUUGUUUAUUUCUCUUUUUUAAAGAACUCUUUACCCCCAUUUUCAUGGUUUUCAUGGUUGAGAAUGUAUCAUAUGCAGAUUGUUUUUCCUUA